UCCUUGGCAACUGUUGCGCGGGCAACAGCGGACCGGAAAUGUCACCGGGCAGAGAGGUGGAAGGUUAAAGGUGGCAUCGGGACGAAGAUGGCGGCGGGGAGUUGUCGUGUGUCUCUGAGUUGUGUGGCUGCUCUCGCCGUGGACUUCAGCGGCUCGAGCUGGGGUUUAGGUAUCCUUUGCUGCUAACGCUUUGUGUCGGCGUGAAGGGAGCGGGGGUCGGAGCACUGGAGGUGGAGGCCGCGAUUCAGGUUAUGUCUUGCAAUUCAAAGUGGAAAUAUACUUCAGAUUGCUUGGUGGCAGCUUAAUUACUUGAGCCAUGGUGUCAUGGAAAGGGAUUUACUUUGUACUUUCACUGUUCCUGGGAAGUUUUUUUGGAAGUAUUUUUAUGCUUGGUCCCUUGCUGCCAUUGAUGUUUGUAUCUCCUGCCUGGUAUCGCUGGAUUACUGACAGAGUUGUUGCUACCUGGCUUACUCUUCCAGUGGCUUUGUUGGAGAUUGUGUUCCGGGCAAAGGUGGUUAUAACAGGUGAUGGAUUCAUUCCUGGAGAAAGAAGUGUUAUUAUCAUGAAUCACCGAACACGAAUGGAUUGGAUGUUUUUGUGGAACUGCCUAUUGAGAUACAGCUACCUCAGACUUGAAAAAAUAUGCCUCAAAUCUAGUCUCAAAGGCAUUCCAGGAUUUGGUUGGGCCAUGCAGGUUGCUGCCUUCAUUUUCAUUCAGAGGAAAUGGGAAGAAGACAAAAAUCAUUUUGAAAAUAUGCUGGAUUAUUUCUGUGACAUUCAUGAACCUCUGCAGCUUCUCAUCUUUCCUGAAGGAACUGAUCUCACAGAAAACACCAAAGCCCGCAGUAAUGAAUUUGCUGAAAAGAAUGGACUUCAGAAAUAUGAAUAUGUCUUGCACCCAAGGACUACAGGCUUCACAUUUAUAGUGGAACGCUUAAGAGAUGGUAAUAAUCUUGAUGCAAUUCAUGACAUAACGGUAGCGUAUCCUCAAAACAUACCUCAAACUGAGAAGCAUCUUCUCUAUGGGAACUUCCCCAAAGAAAUUCACUUUCAUGUUCACAGAUACCCAGUACAAACACUGCCAGUCUCUCGGGAAGAACUGCAACUCUGGUGUCAGAAGCGAUGGGAAGAGAAAGAAGAGAGGCUCCGUUUGUUCUAUGAAGGCAAAAAAAACUUUGAUGCAACAGGGAGAAGCAAAAUCCCCCCCUGUAAAUCUGAGCUCAGGGUCAUGGUGGUUAAGUGCAUUUCACUCCUGUACUGGACAGUCUUCACGCUUGCUGCAUUUGUGCUGUUGUACUUGUACAGCUUUGUACGGUGGUAUUUUGUGGUUCUGGUUGUCAUUUUUGUCACACAACACAAACUGUUUGGUGGGCUCGAAUUGAUUGAACUUGCACGUCAUCAAUUUGGUUGCAGUAAACAGAAUGUACAAAACCUGAAAAGAAACUAAAUGUAUUUGGGGUAUGUUGGGAAGGGGUAUGUUUGUGAAUGUUUUUUAGAUGUGCUGUGGACUUUGUAAAUUGGAAGAGAUUUUGCAUGAGAAUCAUUAGUCUUUCUUACUGCUGUCAUUGGUUAAUACACUUUUGCACUUAUAUUGUAAAAAAGGUAGGCAUUGCUACAUCUGAAAAGUUAUUUUUUGAAUGUAUAUUCAGUGUUUCUAUCGCCAUCAGCUAGUGUCUACAGUUUAACUACAAAACAGUUUGCUGAUCAUUCAAAAUGUGUACCCAUUGAACUUUUCAACAGUGAGCUCUAAAUAUAGCUGGACAAAUCAUGAAGCUAAAAAUAGUGGUCUGCAGCUUCUACACAGCCUUGCCAUAAAUCAAGUGCAAGAUUUGAACAUCACAUUGCAUUACAUGAUUAGCAUUUGCCUCUUGGUAAUUCUCUUUCCGUUAUCUCUUGCAGGGAGAUAAGAGAUUAUACAAUUACCAUCAUUAACAUCAGCAAAUUUGGGCAUUUACAGGAUGAAAAACAAAACUGAGAGUCUUAAUUUGGAUCCACUGUAUUGCACUCCAUUUAGACUUGCCUGUUUUGCCUCUUAAUUGAAUGUUUACAACUUGCACACUGCAUCCCCACUUUGAAGCAAGUUGCACUGAAAAUCUGUAAGGCUUAUCACUUAGUAAAUAUGAUGGCAAAUAUCUCUGAUUUAUCUUUAUGACAAAUCCAGGCACUGUGAUUUCCACAGAAUUCUGUCCCAUUCUGAUUACCCACAUCCUAGUCCUGUGGAUGCUUUGACAUAUUUUCAGAUCAUGGACCACCAUAAUUUUGGAACUAGGCUGACCUGGAACAUAACCCAUGGCAAAAUAUUCCGAACACAGGAAAGCUUAUGUAUGCAUACCCAGCAUAAAGUAAAUGGGAAACUUGGGAGGAAAAAAAAUUGAUUGUAAAAAAUUAUCUUUCCCUACAAAAUUAAAACAUAGAAUUAACUUUAAAAGUAGAAAUUAUAUUACAAUAUGAUAGUCCCAUAUGACUGCAAUAUAACAUGGCAACCACAUUUAAAAAAAAAAAAUUGGAAUAAUGUUUUCAGAGUCCCAACUGGCAUGAUGUUAUGCUUAGUUCCUAAAAAGAUUCACUCAAGUAAUGUCAGUAGAAAAAAUCCUCCUACCUUCCCCAUGUUCUGAGAAUAUGAAGAGAUACUACAUUGCAGUACCAAUGAGGGAAAGCAUAUAAUAUGCAUACUUAAAAGAUUCCAAUAGACAUAGAGGGUGGGAACUGUUGCCUUCCAUCUGAAAAAUCUGAUGGUCUUUUCAAACAAUAUAGUACAGCUAUAAACGAAGUUUAUUUAGCGAAGGAACUUCACUUCCCAGAAUAUGUGUCAGAGAUGUUUGUUUUCUUUAUUAAAAAAUGAAUAAUGUUUCUCUGCUUAAUUCUAGGGUGUAAGAUGUAACGGCCCUACCUCGUUUUACCUGCUAUGGUGAAAAUAAUAGAAUCCUAAAAACUAUUAAGGAGUUAUAUGCAGCACAUGAAGUUUCCCACCACCACCAUAAUUCCCAUACCACUGUGCCACUGUGCAUGGUUUCAUUGUGGUGGAUUUUCUAUGGAGGAUACUGGCCUUUGCAUGACUAGGGAGGAUACAGGGCUGAAGGCUGAUUCAAAGCACAAGAGAAUAAGCUAUUACUGGCUUGUGUAAUCUGAUCCAAAACAACCUAUCAAUCAUCUGUGGCAGCAGUCCCCAGAGAGCGCUUUCAAACUGUUUUCUGGUGCCUGACUAGGAUUGCAAAUACAAAGGAGGUUAUCAACCAUCUGACAUGCUAGAAUAUAUGGCUGGGGUCUAUGGGGUUUGAUUUGCAAGCUGCUGCUUCUUUUCUAGACCAUCUCUCACCCUUACAGUUGAAAUAAAAAAGUUCUACCACUCUGUCAACCAAAUGCAUCCCUCAGGUUUUGGAAAACCUAUUGGUGGCAACAACACUCUUUCUUCACUUUCUAAGCAAUUGCCCCCACCGUUGUUUUAACCGACAGACUCAUAUGGUUCCCACUGUACCUUGUGAGCCAUGUUCCUUCAAAUCAGUUUCCUUGCUUAGUCAUGUGUCCUAUCAUAUAACCAGGCACGUUUUUCCUCCCUCAGCACUCCUCUCCCAUAACAAUAUAGUGCAUUCAUGUGCAGUCUUCAUUUGUUACCGAAUCCUUACAGAUGACAAAGCUUGCUCAGGCAUUCAUUUUCCCUGCACUGGAUAUUAGUAACACAACAGCCAUAGCCAUAGUAAAGUAGUCUGCUUUGGUCAUAAUAAUACCAUGUCAAGUUCCAUGUGUUUGUUCAGUCUCUAUUGCUUCAGCCAUGCAUUUUAUAUGUUCAUUUUAUAAAUAAAGUGUAUUAAAAUAAACUCUAGGGUAUAAAAGAUCUCCAGAAUACCCUCAGUUUUCGAAUUUUACGGAAAUAUUAGAAUGUUUUUAGCCCUGACUGAACCACAAUAAAAACUUUAAAAUGUA